ACAAAGGGACAAAUGUAUGUUGCUGGCUGAAUGCUGAUUAGAACACUUGGCUAGUCAUCUUUCCCUGAACAUGGCAGCGCACCUGAAAAAGCGAGUUUAUGAGGAAUUUUCUAGAACUGUACAGAUUCCCCAUGAAGAAGCUCCAGCCAAGAAGCUGCGUCUGUCCAAACCCAGCAAGUCUGCGGCUCUGCACAUCGACCUCUGCAAGGCCACCAACCCCACAGAUGCCCUGCAGUACCUGCUGCAGUUUGCACGCAAGCCUGUGGAGGUGGAGAGCGUGGAGGGUGUGAUCAGGAUCCUGUUGGAGCACUACUACAAGGAGACAGAUAACUCGGUGAGACUGAAGAUCGCCUCUCUGCUGGGUCUGCUGUCCAAAACGCAGGGCUUCAGCCCCGACUGCAUUGUGGACGACGCCAUUAACACGCUCAACAAUGAGAAGUCCCAUCAGGUCCUCGCCCAGCUGCUGGACACUCUGCUGGUCAUUGGCACACAACUACCUGAGAGUCCUGCAGUCAGACAGAGGCUCAUAGAGAUGGCCUGCAAGCACCUGUCUGAUACGUAUUUCGGGGUGAGGAACAAGUGUCUGAAGCUCCUCGGAUGUCUCGGCAUGGUGGACACUCCGCUGACCAAAGACAACGAGGGAGUUGGUACAUCAUUAGGAGGAGUGAGGGACGUCCAGAGUAUCAUCAGCGACUACUUCGGAGACCAGGACCCCAGAGUUCGCACUGCAGCCCUCAAAGCCAUGCUGCAGCUGCAUGAGAGAGGGAUGAAGAUUCAUGAGAUCAUCUAUGACCAGGCCUGCAGGUUGCUGACCGAUGACUACGAGCAGGUCCGCUCAGCGGCGGUGCAGAUUGUUUGGGUGCUCAGUCAGCUGUACCCGGAAAGCAUUGUUCCCAUCCCGUCGUCCAACGAGGAGAUCCGGCUUGUCGAUGAUGCCUUUGGGAAGAUCAGUCACAUGGUCAGCGACGGCUCCUGGAUGGUCCGGGUGCAGGCCGCCAAAACACUGGGUUCGAUGCUGCAGGUCAGUCCUCACUUCCUGGAGCAGACGUUGGAUAAGAAGCUGAUGUCAGAUCUCAGGAGGAAGCGUACGGCCCACGAACGGGCCAAGGAGCUCUUCACUUCUGGAGAGUUCUCCUCCGGCAGGAAGUGGGCCGACGACGCCCCCAAGGAGAAACUGGACAGAAACACGGUUUACCUCAUCGCCUCGGGGGCCUGCGGGGCCUUCGUUCACGGCCUGGAGGACGAGAUGUUUGAGGUCCGUAUUGCAGCGGUGGAGGCGUUGUCCCAGCUGGCUCGCUCAUCUACAAGCUUCGCCGAAAAGUGCCUGGACUUCCUGGUCGACAUGUUCAACGACGAGAUCGAGGAAGUGAGGCUGCAGUCCAUCCACGUGCUGAGAGAAAUAUCCACCCACAUAACACUCCGAGAGGACCAGCUGGACACUGUGCUGGCUGUGUUGGAGGACUCGUCUCGUGACAUCAGAGAAGCCCUCCAUGAGUUAAUUUGCUACACCAACGUCUCCACUAAAGAGUGCAUCCAGCUGGCUCUGCUGGAGCUGCUGAAGAACCUCAAUAAGUAUCCCACCGACCGCAACUCCGUCUGGAAGUGUCUGAAGUUCCUGGGUUCCCGUCACCCAACACUAGUGCUGCCGCUGGUUCCCGAGCUGCUCAGCACACACCCAUACUUCGACACACCAGAGCCUGACAUGGACGAUCCAGCCUACAUCGCGGUGCUGGUGUUGGUGUUCAACGCCGCCAAGUCGUGUCCCACCAUGCCGGCGCUGUUCUCCGACCACACCUUCAGACACUACGUCUACCUGAGGGACAGCCUGUCUCACCUCGUGCCGCCACUCAGGUUGCCGGGCUUGGUGGACUCGCGUUGUAGUUUGGGUUCAGUGGAAUCAGCUCAGCUCUUCCUACAGCAGAGUCUGAACAGGGUCAGCACCAUCCAGAACCUGGAAGCACCCGGAGCCCAGGACCUGCUGAACUUCACGAUACGAGACCUGCGGCGGCUGGGGGAGCUGCAGACGGAGCUCGCUGGAGCCGCUGAAUUCUGUGCGACAUACCUGCGCUGCCAGCUGCUGCUCAUGAAGGCUCUGCAGGAGAAGUUGUGGAACAUGGCCGUACCUCUCUGCCUCAAACAAAACGUCACGGCCACAGCAGCAGCUCAACAGAUCUUAGAAGAAACCUACAAGCUGGAGUUUCUGUACAGCGGUUUGGAGAGCAGACAGGUGGCCACCAUACAUCACGUUCGCCUGCAGGCCAAAGCUCUGCAGCUCGUCCUGACUGCUCGCACCAGGCAAGGGUUGGAUCCACUCAUCAGCAGCUGUGAGAAGUUUUUGCAGGACAUUGAGUUGUUCCAGAGGCUGUUUCUGGCGGAGCUGCCCCACCUGCAGGACAGCUUUGUGGACAAGCUGUUGGAGCUGAUGCCCCGGCUGUCGUCCUGUAAGCCGGUGGAGAUGGUGAAGAUCCUGCAGACGACUCUGAGACAGAGCGGCCUGCUGCAGCUCAGGCUGCCCGAACAAAUCCAUCGGGCAACAGCCACCAUCAUAGAGCCGACGGGGGAGUCGGACAACCCGCUGAGGUUCACCACGGGCCUGGUGGUGGCGCUGGACAUCGAUGCGAUGCUAGAGCACGUCCAGGAUCCCCAGAACACUGUGAAAGUACAGGUUCUGUAUCCAGACGGCCAGAGUCACGUGAUCCAUCCCAAACCUGGAGACUUCAGGAAGCCUGGACCUGACAGACACAGACUCAUCACACAGGUUUACCUCUCACACACUGCAUGGACAGAGCCGUCUCAGAUCGAGGUGCGCCUCCUGCUGGCCUACAGCUCCUCCUCAGCCUCCCUCUCCUCCCCUUCGCCGGCCUCCAAGCUGGGAUGGAGCGACAGCAUCGACAGCCUCUCGCCGCCGGAGGCCGCCGUGGAGGGAACCAUUCCGUUCAGCAAGCCCGUCAAAGUCUACAUCAUGCCCAAACCCGCCCGCCGCUAACACAACUCCUUGACGGUGGACACACAGAUGAGGCUCUAACUCUAUGGCCACACAUUCAUUUUUAGAAUUAGGCCAAGCGUAAAAGUAAUUUAUGGUUCAGCAGUAGGAAGCACUAGAGUGUGCUUUACUCAUGCCGUGUCAAAUUGUAUGGGGAAUAUUUUUGUACUUUACAAUUUGUUUAUGAUAAAGACAAACCCAUGUGAUGGAGAUGACUCAUUUUCAAAUUUUAUUUUGUGUAUCCAACAAGCAGAAAUACAUGCACUGAACUACACAUUCAUUACCAUAUGACCUGACCAUAUGUCUGUUUGCUGACAGUUGAAAAGUGGUUGUUGUGCUUUAAUAUUCCACAAAAUGGGCCUGUAAAAUCAAAUGGAGUUGCAUUGCAUCUUCAAUUUGUUACAAAAGAAGAUUUAUAAUAAUGGAUUGGACAUUAAGAUGUUUCAAUCUGACCCUAAAUCAGUGGUCUGCAGUCACGCUGAGAAAAGCGUGAAGCUAGCAGAGCUAGCCAGCUGUAUCUAAAACCCAGACUGUGGGACAUGGUGCACUGCAGGCUGUCCUCCGUCCCGUGUAAGGCCGUCUCAGUUGGUGUAGCAAGGCUAAAGGUGACAUCAACAGGUGGAGUGGAAGACCCCCCCCACCUUGGCGCCCUGGCCAGCCAGUUUGUUGUAUUCGGCAACGGCCUUCUCCGUCUGCAGGACCCUGACGUCGACGCCCUUCUGCAUCACGAAGUCCAGUGUGGAGGAGGGAACCUGAGAGAGAAGAUGACCGCCUAUAAAAAUAGACUUUUAAAAGAAAUGUCCACCGUCCCCAGUUUUAACAUUAAAGUGAGAGCACAUUAAUGCAUCGUUAAUGUAAUCUAAAUGAUUCCAAAAUGAGACAUCCUGCAUUAAGAGUACUUUUAAGUAGAGUUCGUAUUCUGUGCUUUUACUGAGGUAAAGAUUUGAAUCCAUCACUUGUAAUUCUACUCUGCAGUAAUGUUACUUUUACUUAAGCACUAGAUGUGAGAAUGUGCUCCACUACUGCUGUGCCCUGAAUGCUGAAGUUACUGCUGCUCACACUACUCCUUCUGCCUGGACUACAUAAAUCAUAAAGUGAUGAUAGGUAUUCCUUUGUACCCCUGAAUAAAUGGACCUUUUCUGUAGGUCUGUUUUACCUGCA